GUGGGAGGAGCUGUCGUUGCUUAGUGCCACGUUGAUGGAGACCCGUGAGGACGUGGAAAUCUGUCCCGAGUCCGCAGACCAGACCCGGUAACUCGCUUCCUGUCUGUCCGAACUCUCGUUCAGUCCUCGAUCAGAACCGAAGGAUCCCCCCCGGGUCGUGUGUUCGUCUCCUGUCGCUUUAUGUUCCUGUGCACGUGAGGAGCAGCGAAGAAGAAGAAGAAUGAAACUUAAAGAGAUCAACCGGACAGCCAUCCAGACCUGGAGUCCUGCACAGCACCACCCUGUCUACCUUGCAACAGGAACAUCAGCCCAACAGCUGGAUGCCUCCUUCAGCACCAGUGCCUCCCUGGAGUUUUUUGAGCUGGACUUGGCAGAGCCAUGUUUGGACAUGAAGUCAUGUGGCAGCUUGUCCUCUUCUCACAGAUACCACAAACUGGUGUGGAGCUCUUUUGGGAUGGACACGCAGGCUGGCCUGUCUGGUGUCCUGAUUGCUGGAGGGGAGAACGGUACUGUCCUCCUGUACGACCCAGCUAAGAUCAUUGCUGGAGAGAGUGAUGUCAUCAUUGCUGAGAGUGACAGACACACAGGGCCAGUCAGGGCUCUGGAUGUCAAUCCCUUUCAGACAAACCUGUUUGCAUCAGGUGGAAAUGAAUCAGAAAUUUACAUUUGGGAUAUGAAUAACUUCAUGUCUCCAAUGACUCCAGGACCGAAAACACAGCCUCAGGAGGACAUCAGCUAUGUGGCGUGGAACAAGCAGGUCCAACACAUCCUGGCCUCAGCCAGUCCCAGUGGGCGGACUUCAGUGUGGGACCUGCGCAAAAAUGACCUGAUCAUCAAAGUUAGCGACCACAGUAACAGAAUGCACUGUUCUGGACUGGCCUGGAACCCAGAGGUGGCCACUCAACUGGUCUUGGCCUCCGAGGACGACCGGAUGCCUGUCAUCCAGAUGUGGGACCUUCGUUUUGCUACCUCCCCUCUGAAGGUUUUAGAGCAUCACACACGAGGGGUUCUGGCCAUCGCCUGGAGCUUGGCUGAUCCUGAGCUUCUGCUGAGCUGUGGGAAGGACAGCAGGAUCCUGUGCUGGAACCCAAACACAGCUGAGGUACUGUACGAGCUGCCUACCAGCAGCCAGUGGUGCUUUGACAUCCAGUGGUGCCCCAGAAACCCUGCUGUACUGUCAGCUGCAGGGUUCGACGGACACAUUGACAUCCACUCCAUCAUGGGGGGCAGCAGCCAGGCACAGACCCAGAGACAUGCCGACCAGAUCAGUAACUCAUUUGGGAAUAUGGAUCCUUUUGGGACUGGACAGGUGUUACCUCCACUGCAGCUCCCUCAGACUGCUGCCCCUCCAGCUGUGGUCACCCCCCUGAAAAAACCACCUAAAUGGAUCUGUAGACCUGUGGGAGCCUCCUUCGCUUUUGGUGGGAAGCUGGUGUCAUUAGAGAAUCUGAAGUGUCAGCAGCCCACAUCCCACCUUGUGCACAUCAGUCAGGUUGUUACAGAAACAGCCUUGGUACAGCGCUCCCAGCAGCUGCAGGCCACUCUAAACUCACGACAGUUUGUGGACUUCUGCCAAGAGAAGAUCGAUGCAGCUGAGAAUGAGUCUGAAAAAACUGUUUGGUCCUUCCUGAAGGCUAAUUUUGGAACUGACAUCCGCAGUAGAUACCUGGAGCUUCUGGGCUACAACAAACAGGAACUGGCCUUGAAGAUUUCAGCUGCUUUAGAAGGAAAACCUGCCAAUGCUACAAAGCUGGAAGUGUCUGCUCCUGCCUCUCUGACGCCACCUGCUGACCCUCCAGAGGCAGUGUUCGACCUGAUGGCUGCUGCAAACCUCCAGCCAUCAGCCACACUGGAGCUGGAUCCUACUGCAGAGCCAGAGGCAGAGGAAACUGAAGAUGCUCCUGACUACAAACUGGAUGCAAAUAUAAACCAAGUCCUCUCAGAAGAGCUUAUUGAAAAGAAGCAGGAGGAAGAGGAGAUUCCACUUAACGAGGAAAUGACAGCUGCAGCAGAGGUGGAGGAUCCCAGCCCUCCUGAGACACCAGCCGAGAUCCCAGCUCCAGGUCCAACUCCUGCAGGAAGAGUCAGCCUCAGCAUCAGUCAAGAUGUGGAUGGGCUGAUCAUGCAGGCUCUGCUGACUGGAGACUUUGAAGGAGCUGUGGAGCUUUGUCUUUGUGACAACCGAAUGGCCGACAGCAUCAUUCUGGCCAUCGCAGGAGGACCUGAACUCCUCCAGAAAACCCAGAGGAAGUAUUUCACAACAACACACAGCAAGAUAACCAAGCUGAUCAGUGCUGUGGUCAUGAAAGACUGGCAGGAUGUCCUGAACACCUGUGAUCUGCACAACUGGAAGGAGGCUCUGGCUGCUGUCAUGACUUACGCUCAGCCUGAUGAGUUCUCGUCCCUCUGUGAGCUUCUGGGUGAUAGACUGGAGGCAGCAGAGGACACCCAGCUGAAAUCUCAGGCCUGUUUGUGUUACAUCUGCGCUGGGAACAUAGAGAAACUGGUGUCUGGCUGGAGCAGAGCGCAGAACAGCCAUUGUCCUCAGUCUCUACAGGCCCUGGUGGAGAAGGUGGUGGUUCUGCGCCAUGCAGUGGAACAGACCCAGCAGUCUGCUCCUGCAGCUGUCGGCAUCCUGCUGGCAGAGAAGAUGAGUCAGUAUGCCAACCUGCUGGCUUCACAAGGCUGCCUGUCUACUGCCAUCACCUACCUGCCCAGCAACACCAACCAGGUUGGCGUUCAGCAGCUGUACGAGCGUCUCAGUCGGGCUCUGGGGCAGCAGGCAGCUCAGGCUCCGGCCCACAGGGUUCAGUCUCAGCUGGCUGCCUGUCAGAACCAGCAUCUGUACUCCCUGGUCCCACAGCCCACUGCUGCUGCUGCUGCUGGGCCCACAGCUGGUUCUGCACAGGCCCAGUAUUUUCAACAGGUGAGGGCUGCCUCCACUGUCACCUCCUGGAGUAACCAAAUUCCUACAGCCCUCCCCUCUGCCCCUCCUCCUCCUCCUCCUCCUCAGGCAGGCAGCACCUCAGAGCCUAAGGUGGAGGCUCCAAACCUGAUGUAUCCUGUGCCAGCAUCCAGCUCAGCAGCUGCUGCUCACAGCUCCACUCCUGCAUACAUGUUGUCCCAUCAGUAUCAGCCCUACCCCCAGGUCAACCAGUACCCACCUGGAGCUGGGGGGCCCCCUUUCUAUCAGCCUCUUCAACACCCCUCUGCAGAACCCUCCUGCCCACCCCCUCCUCCUGGUUUCCUCCCUCCUCACUAUGCAGGACAGCCUCCUGCCCAGGGCCUGUCCUCUUCUCCUCCCUCUCACCCUCAUUUAUUUCUGACCUCCUGCUCUUUUCCUGCUCCUCCAUCUUCCGGAGUGUCUUUCCAGCAUGGUGGUCCAGGAUCUCCUGUGUCGUACGUGCCUCCUCCAGCAAGCGGAGUUUCAGGGCCUCAGAACGGCUGGAAUGACCCCCCAGCUCUGACUCGAGCACCAAAAAAGAAGAUGGUUCCAGAGAAUUACAGCCCACCGGCCCCUAUCACUGCUCCCAUCAUGGCCCCACUGCCUGCCGACCCACAAACCCAGCCAGUGUCAUCUGGAGCCCCUCAGACAGUGGUGCAGGGUCCACACAUGGGCCAGGUGCCUUUCUCAGGCCUGCAGCAGCAGCUUCCACCAACAGUGCUCAACUCCAGCGUGGAAGGUGCACCAGGAGCUCCUACAGGAGACAACAUCCAUCCUCUGCAGUCGAUCCCCACUGAGAAGAUCAUGAAGAAACCCCUCCCUGAGGAGCACCUGGUUCUCAAGACUACAUUUGAGGGUCUGAUCCAGAAGUGUUUGGUUUUAGCCACUGACCCUCAAACUAAGAGAAAACUGGAGGAAGCAAACAAACGCUUGGAAGUUCUCUAUGACAAACUCCGAGAGGAGACGCUGUCCCCCGCCAUCAUAGGAGGACUUCACAACAUGGCCAGGGCCAUCGUGUGUCGGACCUACACAGAGGGUCUGAACAUCCACACUCACAUCGUCAGCAGCAGCAACUUCAGUGAGACCUCGGCCUUCAUGCCCGUCCUCAAGGUGCUGCUGACACAGGCCAACAAACUGGGGGUGUGACGGGUCGGGGGGUCCCGACUGCUUCAAGGUGGACCUGAGGGUCCAUCAGCUGUGUGAUUCACAGGGAGCAGCUUCUCACUCGUUAUUAACAGUGUUCAGUUCUUUGUGUCAUUUAUCUUUUUAACAUGCAACUCAAAUACAAGCAAUCUGUUCAGUGUUGAGUUAAAUACAGUAAGAGCUGCUAAAAGCACAGCUUAAAGCCCCCAGGAACAGACAAACCUCUUAAACUCAGCUUUACUUCAAAUCAUUAACAUGCAAACAUCUUAUUGUAACUUCAUUAAAAAUGUAAAACAAACUGAGAGGAUGUAAAAUGGGCAUUUUAAGCAAAAAGAGUUUUUUAGUAUUUGACCCUCAUACAGACACGUCCUGCAGGUAACUCUGCUGGUCAGGGAGCAUCUCUUCAUUUCCACAGGUCCAAUGAUUCAGUGUGGAGGAGGGACACCUUUCCUCCACCUUAACUCCCACUUCUCAUCUCUUCAACAUAAACUAGAAUGACUGAAACAGAUGCUGAGCAUCAGUAACACACACACCAAGUAAACCGCUUUGUUAGGGGUGUGGACCAGCUGCUGAGGGGACUCGUGUGUUACUACUUCAAAUUUUUACAUUUUCACUAAACUGAAUAUAUAAUAAUCACUGUCCAAACCUAAUUCAAGUUCACUUGAUCCAAAUACAUGGUUCCCUUAAAGAAGACCAAUUAUGGGUCGUAGAAAUGUUUAUGGUAUGUCUGUGGGCUAUCCAGACCAUGUUCAUUCAAUUUAAUGCU